CCGGCGUCCAAAACAAAACUGUAAUUUUAUCCUCACCUCGCCAUUCCCAGAUACAAUAUACGACUACAUCAGCGAAGAGGACGUCAACAGUUCAUUCACCUUCUACGGGCCCAUGGAGAUGGCUCUCCAGAACGACGAGCGCACCAUCCUCGCCUCCAGCGGCAUCAAGCUCACCUUCAGCAUCCUCCUGCUCGCCAUCCUCGUGCUCAGCCUCCUCGGCAAUAUCAGCACCUGCGUUGUCGUCAUCAGAGACAACUCUAUGAGAACCCCCACCAACGGAUACCUCUUCAAUUUGGCCGUCAUCGACUUGCUCAUAACCCUCGCUGUGCCCGUCGAUGUCUAUAUCAUCUGGCAGCCAGAUUAUUACCCUUUCGGAGAGGUCGGCUGCUACAUGCAUAUGUUAAUCAUGGACGGGUUGAUCAACGCGAGAGUGAUGACGAUAUGCGCGUUCACGAUCGAGAGGUACCUGGUGAUUUCCAAGCCGUUUUUACGCCAGUCGCUCGCGAAGAUGUCGAGAGUGUACAAGAUAAUAGCAGCGAUUUGGAUUAUGUCGUGCGCGUUUUGUUUCCCCGAAGUCCUGACGGUGGAGCUGAUGGAGAAGAAGAAGUUCGUGUACUGUCUGACGACGAUGUCGAAUAGCCAGAGGAUAUACAGCGUGGCGGUGCAGGUGUUCCUGAUCUUCAUGGUGCCGAUGGCCAUGAUCUCCAUCCUGUACACGCUGAUCGCCAUCAAGCUAAGGAGCACCAAGCGGAGUCCUGUCACUGGGAAUUUGUACAGAGAAAAGGCUGUGAGAAUGUUGGCGGCCGUGGCAGCGUCGUUCUUUUUCUGCUGGUCUCCAAUGACUGUGAUGCAAGUCAUGAUAAUGAUGCCGAAAUACAGACAGAGAUAUUACUAUGACACGUGGCGGGUGAUUCACUACAUCGCGACGGUGAACGGCUACAUGACCACCAUCGUCAACCCCAUCCUCUACAGCCUCAUGUCCAGGAAGUUCAGACAGGCUUUCAAGGACAUCUUCAGACGCAAGAAGACACCGACACAGUCACGGUACGAGCUGAAAGUUUGCAACACUUAGCAAAUAAUAACAACAAUCCUCCACUGAAAUAGCGUAGCGUAACGUUUAGGUACAAUAUAACUCUAUAUAGAGAAGAUUAUACAUCCGUAGAUAAGACCUAUGAG